AGCCAUUUUCUUCGGUGACCGUUAUGCAAACGACUCCUUCAGGGUAGCGAAAGAAAUUUGAAGUGUUUCUGGGUCUGGUUAGCAACUCCGAGGAGAAAAAUGCAUCAGCGUUUAGACUUACAAGUGCCUAGCUCAAGGUGUCUUUUAACUUACUCCCUUCGAUUUUAGGAAGAACUAGUAGUAAUAAGUGCAAAACGUAGGAUACUUAUUACUACCGAUCUAUUAAAACAUGCUAUGUAGAAGGCAGGACCUAGGCUGGAAGGCGCAAGACGUAGUAUCCUUCCGCCAGACCCGAGAAUAGAGUCCUGGUCCUUUUAGCCUGCCUGCCAAGGGGUGGGGUGUAGGGCGGAAGUUAUGGCGCAGGACCGAAGUCUAGCUGCUGAAGGGCGGAAGUAGAAUCCCGAAGUUUUGCAAUCAUGGCUCCAGAAGAGGAAGAUGUAAGAGAUUACAAUUUGACGGAGGAACAGAAGGCGAUCAAGGACAAGUACCCUCCGGUCAAUCGAAAGUACGAAUAUUUGGAUCAUACAGCUGAUGUCCAGUUACAUGCAUGGGGAGAUACCCUGGAGGAAGCAUUUGAACAGUGUGCCAUGGCCAUGUUUGGUUACAUGACAGAUACUGGCACUGUGGAACCCCUCCAAACAGUAGAAGUAGAAACCCAAGGAGAUGACUUGCAGUCUCUGCUAUUUCACUUUUUGGAUGAGUGGCUUUACAAGUUCAGUGCUGAUGAAUACUUCAUACCCCGGGAAGUGAAAGUACUCAAUAUUGAUCAAAAAAAUUUCAAGUUACGGUCAAUUGGGUGGGGAGAAGAAUUUUCACUGUCCAAGCACCCUCAGGGAACAGAAGUCAAAGCAAUAACAUACUCGGCGAUGCAAGUCUACAAUGAAGAGAAACCUGAAGUGUUUGUGAUCAUCGACAUUUAAGAUACCAAAGAAAGGAAGAAAAGAAGGAAAGAAAGAAAGAAAGAAAGAAAGAAAGAAAGAAAGAAAGAAAGAAAGAAAGAAAGACUCUUAGGAAGAACUGACUUGUUGUCUUCCUUUUAACAAAAUGCAAUGAUUUAUUUUCUAUAGUGUCUUUGCUAAAUGGAAUUAGAGAACUGGGAAUUUACAGUGUGACUUCCGAAAUGGAAAACCAGUGUGUAGCCUUGGUCUAUGAGUCCUAGGUAAUGAAUUCUUCGAUUUUUGAGGAACAGUCUUGUACUUGGUCAUUUGCAGCAGUAGCCUUUCACCUGCCGGUGGAAUGCAAGUGCUCCAGCAUGGGUCUGCAUCCAAUUCCAAACAAAAUAAUUUGAUCCAGGUAUGACAGACAGUCUAUGCCUGUGAUCACAACACUCAGGAUCCUGAGCUUGAGGCCAGCUUUGGCUGUAGAAUUUAAGGCUAGCCGGGGCAACUUAACAUGGCUCUGUCUCAAAAAAGGAAAGUGUAGGGCAGGGAGAGCAUGCACCAUGAGGUUGUGUUUUUUUAGGUUGCUAAGGGACAGGGCCAUCCUGUGUUCUGGCUGGUUCUGAGUAGAGCCCUCUGGAAAAUGGACUAGAGGUGUCCUGGUUUGUUUGUUUGUUUACUUGUUUGGCAGGUUCUCCGUGUAACACCUCUAGCUGUCCUGGCCUUGAACUUGCAGAGAUCCACCUGCUUCUGCCUCCCAAGUGCUGGGAUUAAAGGCGUGUACCACCAUCACUGGGCUCUGAUAACAAUGAUACUUUGUAUUUUUUCUUUUUUUUUAAAAAAUUUUAUGGUUUAUUUAACUUUAUUUUAUGUGCAUUGGUGUGAAGAUGUCAGAUCCCCUGCAACUAGAUCUUAAGACAGUUGUGAGCUGCCAUGUGGGUGCAUGUGGGAAUUGAACCCCAGUUCUCUGAAAGAGCAGUCAGUGCUCUUAACCACUGAGCCAUCUCUCCAGCCCCAACUUCAUAUUUUCUUAGAAGAAAUAUCUGAUACUGUACCUUACAUAUAGACCCCUAGACAUAUAAUUUUAUUUAUUACUUCUUUUCACAGUGUUGGGGAUUAAGCCCCAUCACAGUAACCAAGGGCUUUACCACUGUGUUUAUAGUUCAGCUCUAAAGUGAAAUUUUAUUUAUGUUUACUUAUUUAUUGUUUUUUUUUUCCCAGACAGGGUUUCUUUGUGUAUCCCUAGCUAACCUGGAACUCACUCUAUAGACCAGGCUGGCCUAGAACUAAGAGAUCCUCCUGCUUUUUGCCUCCAUAGUGCUGGAAUUAAACUCAUACACCACUAC